CAUCGUAGAUCUCAGCAGUUCCCUAAAAACUACCUGCUUCCGUUUUUCGAUUCGCCUUUCGGCUACCUGCUAUCGGAGAUGUGGGCGGCAUCUUGUCUGGCUUCGUGCUGCGCGAGCUGCACGUGCGGUCUCUGCACGUCGGCGGCGGCGGGUAUCUCGCGCCGUUCGGCGAGGAUCGCAUAUUGCGGACUUUUUGCUCUCUCCCUCGUCAUCUCCUGGAUACUCCGAGAGGUGGCUGCCCCUCUGCUCGAGAAAAUACCAUGGAUAAAUACUUUCACCAACACUCCGCCAAAAGAAUGGUUUCAGACCAAUGCAGUUCUCCGUGUCAGUUUGGGAAAUUUCUUGUUUUUUAUUUUGUUUGCCUUGACUAUGAUUGGGGUCAAGGAUCAGAAUGACAAACGUGUUUCAUGGCACCAUGGUGGAUGGGUUAUUAAAAUUGUUGUCUGGGCAGUGCUCAUUGUUCUUAUGUUCUUCCUCCCAAAUGUGGUCAUUACAAUUUAUGAGACAUUGUCAAAAUUUGGCUCUGGAUUUUUUUUACUGGUGCAAGUGGUCCUGCUUCUGGAUUUCACUUAUACUUGGAAUGACUCAUGGGUUGAGAAAGAUGAGAAAAAAUGGUACAUUGCUUUGCUUUCAGUAUCUGUAUUGUGCUAUAUCGCUACUUUCUCAUUCUCUGGGGUGCUUUUUAUGUGGUUCAACCCAUCUGGCCAUGAUUGUGGGCUUAAUGUUUUCUUCAUCGUUAUGACCAUGGUUCUUGCUUUUGCUUUUGCUGUUAUUGCACUGCAUCCCAAGGUGAAUGGCAGCCUCUUGCCUGCUUCUGUCAUCUCCGUGUAUUGCGUUUAUCUAUGCUACAGCGCUCUCUCAAGUGAGCCCCGAGACUACGAAUGCAACGGUCUCAACAACCACUCAGAAUCCGUUUCGACAGCUACCCUUGUUUUGGGAAUGCUAACAACCGUUCUCUCAGUUGUUUACUCUGUUGUCAGGGCCGGUUCCUCAACAACAUUUCUCUCCCCCCCAUCCUCCCCAAAAUCCGGUUCAUCCAAGCCGCUGUUGGAAGGAGAAAUCGAAUCAGGGAAGAAUGAGGCAAAGCCUGUUACCUACUCUUAUUUCUUCUUCCAUCUUAUAUUUGCGCUGGCCAGUAUGUAUUCUGCCAUGCUUCUUACUGGAUGGAGUGGCUCAAAAACUGGCAGCUCGGAGCAGAUGAACGUUGGAUGGACUUCGGUUUGGAUCCGUAUCUGCACACAAUGGACAACAGCUGCUCUGUAUGUGUGGACUCUCUUGGCUCCUUUUAUCUUCCCUGAUCGUGAGUUUUAUUAAGAUCUCCCCUCUCUGCAUCGUUUGGUUUGAAUAAACAUUGCUAUUGUUCUCUUACUUUGUCUCAUUCUUAUUUUAGAAUUGCUUGUAAAGAUGGCGUGUAAAUAUGUGUUGAAUUUUAUGGUAUUUUGUUACAUCUGUAUAAAUAUGUUUCAGUAGAUGUUCAAAUUUAU